AUGGGUCUAAUCGAGCUCCUCUUCACGCCUUAUACCCUUCUAGCCAUACCAAUCCUCUUCUACCUCCUACCUUACCUGCGAAACUGGUCCAUCCGCGAUGUGCCCUCACCCUUUCCCGCAGCCUUCACCAACCUCUGGCUCAUGUACCAAUGCCGCCGAGGCAGACGAUACCUCGCCGUAGACCAAGCCCACAAGACGUACGGCAAACUCGUCCGCAUCCAACCCCACCACGUUUCCAUCGCAGACCCAGCUGCCAUCCCCGUCGUCUAUGGCCACGGUACGGGUUUCUUGAAAAGCGAAUACUAUGAUGCUUUCGUUAGCAUCCAGCGUGGUCUCUUCAAUACCAGGGAUAGAGCAGAACAUACGAGAAAGAGAAAGACUGUUUCGCAUACUUUUAGCUCAAAGAGUAUUGGUCAGUUUGAACAGUAUAUGCACCAUAACCUGGAAUUGCUGGUCGAGCAAUGGAACAAAAUGUCAAAGUUGGCAGAUGGCCAGUACGCAAAGAUGGACGCUUUGAACUGGUUCAACUACACGGCCUUUGACAUCAUCGGCGACCUCGCAUUCGGCGCUCCGUUCGGCAUGCUUGAGAAAGGCGCAGACAUCGCCGAGAUCCGCGAGUCUCCAGACGCACCUCCCAAAUUCGCUCCCGCCAUUGAAGUCCUAAACCGCCGCGGCGAAGUCUCAGGCACCAUAGGCUGCUGGCCAUACAUCAAGCCAUACGCAAAGUACCUCCCUGACCCUUUCUUCACCAAGGGCGUACAGGCCGUGCAGAACCUCGCUGGUAUCGCCGUGGCACGCGUGAAGCAACGACUCGACAAUGCCGAUAGCGUUGAUCGCGUAGACUUGCUAGCCAGACUCAUGGAAGGAAAGGACGAACACGGCAAUAGUCUAGGACGCCAGGAACUCACCGCCGAAGCAUUGACGCAACUCAUCGCCGGCAGCGACACCACCUCAAAUACCUCUUGUGCUCUACUCUACCACUGUCUAGCUACCCCUCAUGUCGUCAAGAAACUGCAGCAAGAACUCGACGCAGCAAUCCCCAAAGGCACUCAAGUCCCUGUAUUCGAGCAAGUGCGCGAUUUACCUUACCUGGAUGCUGUGAUCAAGGAAACCAUGCGUAUCCACAGUACUUCUUCUCUGGGUCUACCUAGAGUAGUCCCUGCAGGUGGAGCAGAAGUCUGCGGUAGACAUUAUCCUGCUGAAACGGUACUCAGCGUGCCAGCGUACACCAUGCACCACAGCAAAGAAAUCUGGGGUCCCGAUGCCGAUGACUUUAAACCAGAGCGAUGGGAAAAAGUCACCGAGACUCAAAAAUCGGCUUUCAUACCCUUCAGCUACGGUCCACGUGCCUGUGUUGGCCGCAACGUCGCAGAGAUGGAAUUGGCACUGAUCGUCGCAACCGUCUUCCACAAUUACGAAUUCGAACUGUAUCAAAAGACACUCGAGACCAGAGAGGGCUUCUUGAGGAAGCCGCUCGAGUGUUGGGUGGGCAUGAAGAGGAGGUCUACUGUUGCUUGA